AUGGAAAUCGAUCAUAAACCAUUAGAGAAAAGACAAGCUUCGGCUAUGAGUGAUAGCAUAUGUCAAUUAGUGCUCAAGGGUUAUCAACCAACUGGACAAUUAUUAUGCUGUGAGGCAGGUAAUGCCUGUCUGGGUAAUGCACCCAUUUGUUCUUCCACUAGUAGAAUGGUACAAUGUUGGAAUAUUAAUCAAUUAGGUUCUUGUAAGAGAAAGGAUACUUUGGCCAAGACAGUUUGUCAAUAUCAGGAUGGUAUUUAUUGUCUCAAGGGAGAAACUGACGAACUGUAUGAUCGUGGCAAAUUAGCAUGGAGUGCAAUAGAUUUGGUAUUAAAUCGUAAUAUUUAUUCCUAUUCAUUUAAUGGCUUUACUAUGAAUUAUGGUAAUUUUCCAAACCCCAUCCUUAAUCCAAACCCAAAAGAAAACUUGGUCUGCUCUGACGCCAUGGCUUCGGGAAUAUGUCAAAUUCAGGGCGAUUUUGGGUAUAAAACUUUUAACUAUCAAGUGGAAGUAUGCAAUGGUUUGAUAGACAUCAUAAAUUCUCCUCCAAAAAUAGCAAAAGCUAUUACUACCAUUACUGAGCAAGUUACGACCACCUUACCUCCGGAAACUAUUACUACUACCUCCACUAAACUCACUACGUCCAUUUUAACUCCAGAAACUAAAACUACUACAGUAACAGCAGCAGCGCCUAUUUCUCUCGGCAGUAGUGGUUUAUCGAAUUAUUCAGAGAUAUCUUUUCUACCGCUUGUAAUAUUACUAGUUACUAUUUUAGUAAAUACGAUCGUGAUGAAAUUAAGAAUUUAA